UCUUUCGAAUGCCCAACAGGUUUGGUGAGGUUUUCCGUUACCCGUUGCGUGGUCGGUGCAAGACGCUUGUGAUUUUCCUCGAAUAUUUUUGUUGACCAAAAGUAUUUUCGAAAGUAUGUAAUAUGAGUCACCAAAGACCAAGUGAAAGAAAUCCUGCUGGUUCUCGUGGUGCAGCGAAAGUUUUGACAGAUACUGACGCUGGUGGUGGGUCGGAAUUCGUAGCACUUUAUCGAGAUACAGGACCAAACGUACAGUCAGAUUCUGCAGACAGCAGCUUGAGCAACUCCUUAGGAGUCACUUAUGAUCAAGGUUCCUAUAUGGAAAAUUUAAUAUGUUUUCAAGUUCAGAGUCCGUUUAGCGAUAUAGCAGACUCAUUGUCAAGGAUGAAAAUCAAUGCUGAAAACAAGCCAGAAUGUCAUUCUGAUGCAGCAGAAAAUUUGACAACCGGAUAUAAUUUUCACUCAAAUUCUAUUAUAUCCAGAAAUACACCAGAGGAUAGUAUUUAUCACAGAACUGUGAAUACGCUAGCAGAUACGAGGUUUUCUGAAAUACUGGCUGGCCGGUUGGAUAACAGGGAAAAUGUCGAAGCCUCCGGGGAUGAUCAAAGUUUAUUGAACAUUGCAAUUAACGAAUCUAGAGAAAGCAAUAUGACAAUAAUACAGCUUUCCUCAGAUGAAGAGUCUGAUGACAAAGAUUCACAUCUAUCAGCCUCAUCAUCACAUAUAGGUGUUGAAUACGAAAGAGAUUCUUUAGAAAGUGAAGGUCACUGCAUCAGAAGUAGAUCGAAACAUCAUGUUAAUUUUAGUAAUGUUCAAGAAAAAGACUUGUAUGAGUCAGAUAUAAUUGACACACAUCCGAAUCGUCAACAGCCAAGGAUAGUAUCUAAUGAAAAGGUGGACUUUUGUGUCAAUUUAGUAAAACCGCUUUCAAUCGUGCAGGAAGAAAGCGUGUCUAAGGAUAAAAAUGAUAACAUACAAGAAAAUGCAAGUGUCAAUAAUUCAGUUAAAGAGCACCCAUUUAUUUCUGUGGCAAAUGAGUCAGAGCAAUUGAUUACUGCCAAUAUACGUACACCGAAUUUGCGUGCUUUACAAUUUAUCGAAAACUGUUACAAGUCAUCUCCAAAGGUUGGUGUCAAUGCAGAUACCUUUGGCAGUGAUCUAAUCUCAGACAUAUCAAAUUUAUCAGCAAUAUGCAAUUCCAAACUGAAUUCUACAAGCUAUCACGAGGUAAGCCCUUGUAAAGCCAAGAUAUUCAAAAGAAUGUCUCAACAAUUCGUUCAAUCACCGACAAAAUUUACCAAAGAGUUGAUUACACUAAUCGAAGAAUCUGUGUUGCAAUCUCAGCUUGAAAAUGCUCAUGCUUCGGAUGUCAGCUUGAGCAGGCUUACAGAAGAAUUCAGGAAAAUCUGUCAGUACAAAAGGAUUGAAGAUGAAUCUGUGCCUGAGUCUGCUUUUGGCACAUCAUUUCAAAUCUUACCUUCUCAAUCAAGAUUCAAAAAUCAAACUGUAGCUAAUGUCAGCUCAAUAAACGAAGAAACAGCACUAUCGCCGAAGCAUAAUUUUACCAAAUUUGGUGGUGGCAAGAAAGUUUAUCGCAAAACGCCCAGACGAGUGUUCAAACCAUGCACUAUGCCAAAUUGUGCCAACGUUUCGCCUGGAACACCAAAAACCAUUUCGGACACUAAUUACAGUCCUAAUGUCAAUAACAGUACUGCAACUUUUGAGUUGUGGGAAAAUUUAUGCUGUGCUAAUUCGCCUACUAAACAAGUGGAGCAAGUUCAGACAACAGAUUUAGAUGUUUCUGAAAUUCUGAGUAUGGAAGAUUACAUACGAAAGAGCGACAGGCAAAUGGCUUCCCUUGAGGAAAGCAAUCAAUUUCUUGAAAAAAUUGAAAAUGGAGAAAAGCAGGUUUCCCACAAUGAAAAUGUACAACCAACCUUGAAGAAGUCUCAAGCUCAGAGUGGUACAACAGUGGUUGAAAAUAAUGGACCUAAUGAGAACAUCAUGGAGGUAAAUGGAGAAGAAAAUUGUCAGGAAAUGGAUAAACAUGGUGCUGCUCGGCGAAUCGAAAAACGAAGAAAAUGUUUUGAGGAAGCUCGCAAAGUAUUUGAACAGCAGCAAAGCUCUGUGAAUGCUAGAGCUCCAAGUAAAGUAUCGGCUUCACGUGAAAAUCAAUCUUCGCUGGAAUCUGUCUGCGAUGCUGGAUUCUUAAGCACACUUUCAGCAUGUGUGGAUUAUUUUGAUGAAAUAAGGACUAUACGAAACUUGAAGAAAUCAUUGCAAUGUAUACUCGAAUGUUCAGAAGAUACUGAAUCGGUUAAAGAAACCACAGAAGAUUCCAGGUCGUUGGAAUAUGUUGAAGCUAUUAUUCUGCCAGUAAAAAAUCGUGAAAAUAUACAAGGUCCGAAAUCGUCGGUGAUUUCAAACCCAGACCCUGAUGUCGGACAAUCGAAUUUGAUUACGCAAACUCAUCUGUAUCUAUCUGGUAGUCCCAGAUCACCAAACCCUGGAGACCGACUGAAAAGUCCAAUGAAAAAUCGUCACCUGUCACCUGGUAACAAGCGUUCGCCUGGCACUCGAGCAGCCUCUGUAUUGGCAAAAAAAAUCAAAAGCCCUGUAUCACCAUCAAGAAGGCAAAAUGUACACCGAGUUAAAACUAUUGGGCGCGCACAGCAACCUGAGUUUACAACGCCUGAAAAUCCAAGAACCAACUGUGAGAAUAAACGAAGGGCAUUAUCUGGUCGAUCGAGAAAUAAACCUACCGCACAUCCAUCAUUGAAAGUUAAGCCAGCAGCUAGUUCUCCCGGUCUCACAGAUGUAACCAAUAUCAAUAAAGCACAGAUAAUACCAAAACUCAUUGUAUCAAAUUCAACUCCUUGCAAUUCUAAGAAAACACCUAUCUGCUCAAGGAAUACUUACGAGAAUGCUGAAAUUGAUUGUCAAAAAAAGCUUGGCUUUUCCGAAUCAGUCACACCGAAAGUGAGGAAAACAAAAUUUUUCGUUACACCGACGAAAAGCAACGAACCAGCACGUGCAAAAAUGACAUACAAUAAAAGAUUCUUUGAUUUUCGAACACCGGCCAAAUGUAAAGUCCCUUCGAAGAGUCCGUCCUCACCAGGAAUAAUGAGAGUAAAUUACGACACUGUUGAGAGUCCGGUAGCAAUGUACAUAAAAGGCACUGAACCGAAUCUUAUAAAAAAUGUGAAGAGCAAGACAAAUGAAAGAAUGCUGACUCCACGAUCUAUAACUCCGAAAUCAAGAUCUAAAAUUAGCUCGCCGAUACUUGCUAGGUCUCCGCGAUUGUCACCAACCCGAGAGACUGCUAGAUUGAAAUUCGAACUCAGUCCUGCAAAAAAGAUGAAAGGAAAACAAGAGUUCAGCGACAUUUUUAACACUGCACUAUGUGAGAGUGAUCCUUCAUCAAUCAUUGGUACAGAAAGUACAUCCAAGUCACCAUUUCCAAACAUCUUCUAUAAACCAGCGUCUUGCGUAAAAAUGGUUGAAGAAACUGUACCGAAGAAACGAAGGCCAAAGGUCUUGUCAUCCGGACCUGUUCAGAAGUUGAUUUACCGUCAUGAAGGGCGCCUCAAAUCAACGAAACAAGCACAAACAGUAGAUUCUCAUCGGCUACCUCAUUUCGACACAACAAAGAGUUCGUCACAAGAUUCAGGAGAUAUAUCUGUGCUUCAUCAAAGCCCAGCCACGAAAACGAAUUAUUUGAUCAAGAAGAAAUGAAUACUCCGUUACCUUAUUUUAUGUUGAAAGAUGCUUUACUUUUGUUUAUUUUAAUUAUUAAUAAAUUUUUUUUAAUCAUCUUAUUCGCGUCAAUUUUAUAAUACAGAUAUAUGAGUCGGCAUUUCGACAUUAUUAGAUAUAAGAAUAUUACCGAUUUUCCGAAUAAAUUAAAAGUGGCUUAACAAUUUUGAUUACGAGAUAGGUUUUCAGUUUUAUUAGAUUACUCUAAUGAAACUCUACGAAAUUGAAAAAGAAGGGAAAAUUUCAUGAUACUCGAACAAAUACUGUCAUACAUUCCAUAAAUACUUUAUUAUUUAAUUGUAUAACAUAAGCAUCUUGUUAUAAUUCUAUAUCACGUCUGAUAAAACUAUUUCCAAGCUGCCUCAUUUUCAUUUAUUGAAGUUUCGCGAUUUGAGUCGCAUGCAAUAAGCAAGUUAUACUUAGUACAAAAAUUAUAGGAAAUAUAUUUGAGAAACAGAACAGAACUACUAGCAUUAGUCCCGCAGGUAGCGUUUAAAAUGAAGAAGUCAUAAUAUGCCGGGUGAUUUUGAUAUCGAUAGUUCAUCUCGUAUAAUUAAACAGUUUUGAUCGUUAUUUUUCUUUCGUAGGAUCAGUAUUUUAGGACCUUACCCUUUCCCGCACCACCGCAGGGGUAGAGAGUUCCGCAACUUUUCGUUUAUUCUUAAUAAAGGUUCAUCCAAGAGCCUGGCAACUACUCCUUGGCAACUAUAAGUAAUACAAGUUAAAAAAAGACAAAUAGUUUCUAAAUGUUAUUUGUAUAAUCGAAGUAAGUGUUAUAAUAAACUAUCUCCAUGAAUCCAUGGAUUAUGUAAUGUAAUAUCUGGAUACAUGUAUAAUAAUUACUAUUGUAAUAAAUUUUCCAAGUUUUAUAAAUUUUUAUAAACGUUUAUCUAUCAAUAAAUGGCAGAAUAUACUUG